CCAAACGUCCUUCACUGUGCUCGCCUGGCUUCUUCCAACAUGGAUUCACCCUCGAUUGCCCUCGAGGCGCGUACGAUGCUCGAGAAACGGUACUUUGCGUUCCCAAAUUCUUUGGAUCCCAUGACAGAUGUAUACAAGAUUGGAUUAAUACCAGUCGGUAUCUUCGCCAUGAUGUCCCUCGUCUCUGUGUCUGCUCUCCUCGCCUUCAUCACUUACCGGCUCAUUUCCUGGAGAAAGUACUCGAAAGAAUACGUUGGCUACAACCAAUACGUCAUUCUCAUUUACAAUUUGCUCCUGGCCGACCUGCAGCAAUCUAUAGCGUUUUGCAUCACCUUCCAUUGGCUCAGACUGAAUAAAAUCCUUGCGCCCACUGCCCCGUGUUUUAUCCAGGCGUGGUUUCUCCAUUUAGGAGACGUCAGUAGUGGCUUCUUCGUGUUGGCUAUCGCGAUACAUACAUGGCUAGGUGUAGUCAAAGGGUAUCGGAUGAGCUACUUCUGGUUCGUCGUUAUGAUCCUGUGCGUAUGGGCUUUGUCACUGUUGUUGACAAUCAUUGGGCCGGCGAUGCAUGGAAACCGAUUCUUUACACGAGCAGGUGGAUGGUGCUGGGUGUCCGUCGACUUCCAAGGCGAACGUCUCUGGCUCCAUUAUCUAUGGAUCUUCAUCGUCGAAUUCGGUACCAUCCUAAUCUACGGCCACGUAUUCUUCCACCUCCGCGGUCGUCUUCGUAACGUCAUGAACAAUGACACAUCCAGACUAUCCCGAGCCACCAAAUUUAUGAUCAUGUACCCUGCAGCCUACGUAGUCCUCACCCUUCCCAUCGCUGUGGGCCGAAUGGUCUCAAUGGGAGGCGUAAAGAUGCCCGAUGUAUUCUUCUGCAUCGCUGGUUCUUUCCUUACCUCCUGCGGCUGGAUCGACGCCCUUCUCUAUACCCUCACCCGCCGCGUUUUCGUCGGAAGCGACAUCUCAAGUCACCACUACAGCCGCACCCUCGUCACAGCCGUCAACACGAACGCCGCCCGCCCCGGCGACGACGCAUAUGGCAUGCACUCCAUGGUGAACAAGGAAACGGAUCCCAACCGCACCGUCACCAUCGUGGGUGGCAGUAACCGCAUCUCCCGCAUGGUCGACUCCCACGCGACUCGCAAAUCAUAUCGCACGCGACCCGGUCAGCAGCGCGAACACGCCCGUACUGGUUCUCAAGAGUCUAUUGUAAAGCCUGGGCCGAAUACUAUUGGUAUUGUCACCGAGACGAAUAUCCAGGUGGAGUCUGCGAGGGAAAGCGAUGACGAGGCUAGCCCGACAGUCAUGCAGUCCCCAAUACGCAAUUAUGGCGACAGCAAAUCACAUAAUCAUUAUCAUCGAUGA